AUGGCAGUAACAGGAUACGCACAAAAAUCAUUUGGUUGGGCUGCAACAGAUACCUCUGGCGUUCUCUCUCCUUUACAUUUCUCUCGCAGGGAAAACGGUUCUGAUGAUGUGACAAUCAAAAUACUUUACUGUGGAGUUUGCCACUCCGACUUGCACAGUGUAAAGAAUGACUGGGGGUUUACAAAAUACCCCAUUGUUCCUGGACAUGAAAUUGUUGGUCUUGUGACAAAAACUGGAUGUGAUGUUCAGAAAUUUAAGGUUGGUGACCGAGUUGGAGUUGGAGUGAUAGUUGGCUCCUGUAAGACAUGUGACAUCUGCCAACAAGACCUGGAGAAUUACUGCCCCAAAGUGAUAUUUACUUACAACUCUAGGGAUCAAGAUGGCACUAGAACAUAUGGAGGUUAUUCUGAUAUAGUUGUUGUUGACCAGCACUUUGUGCUCCACAUUCCUGAUAACCUAUCAUCAGAUGCAUGUGCACCUUUAUUGUGUGCUGGGAUCACCGUAUACAGUCCAAUGAAAUACUAUGGGAUGGCUGAACCUGGAAAACACUUGGGUGUGGCUGGACUUGGGGGACUUGGUCAUGUUGCUGUAAAGUUUGGGAAGGCCUUUGGGCUGAAAGUUACUGUCAUCAGCACCUCUCAGAAGAAAGAAUCUGAGGCUAUCAACAAGCUUGGUGCUGAUUCUUUCCUUGUUAGCACUGAUCCUGCUCAGUUGAAGGCUGCUAUGGGGACCAUGGAUUUCAUCAUUGAUACCAUUGCUGCAGUUCAUUCCUUGGCCCCGUUGCUUGAUCUUUUGAAGAUGAAUGGAAAACUGGUGACCGUUGGCCUGCCUGAUAAGCCCUUAGAGCUACCUAUUUUCCCUCUAGUGUUGGGACGGAAGCUUGUAGGUGGAAGUGACAUCGGAGGCAUGAAAGAGACGCAAGAGAUGCUAGACUUCUGCGGGAAGCACAAUAUAAAUGCUGACAUUGAACUGAUCCACAUUGACUAUAUCAACACGGCUUUUGAACGCCUUGCCAAAUCUGAAGUUAGAUACCGUUUUGUGAUUGAUGUGGCAAACUCCUUGGCAAGAAAUUAA